AUGUCGGUGGUCGAUCCUGCGCUGCUUGAUACUGUCCCCGGUGAUGAGGAGUCCGAAUGGGAAUACGAAUAUCACGACACCGAAACAGAGACUUUCUUUCUCAACCUCGACCUGACAACCCAGCACGGACUUAUUCGGCCCCCUCGCCGUCGUAACGACCCCUCCGCUCCAGCACCAGCCAGCGCCGCGACUACCACCGAUCCCACGCCGACUCCCUCACAUCCCGAUGAUCAGGAUUCCACGGUGAUCAACUCGGACACGGACAACGCGCCCGCAGAGCGUGUCCAGAUUCUCGGGCUUCACACUCGCAACCCGAUCAUUUCCUAUCAGAAUCAGAUCUUCAGCGGAACUUGGGCGGACCAGCUGGGUACGGAGUUGUUCUUCGCGCGGCCCGAAACGACCAGUACUGAAUUAGACGAACCUAGUAACAAUCCUCCUGCUCAGAUCGCCCCGUUGAAGCGCACUGAGGACUUUGACCUCAUUUCUGCCAACAGUGUCAAAAUCCUCGGUCGAAAGGCCCAUCUUAUCUCAAACUCGGCCCCGGCUGCUGAGCGAGAAGCUCCUACACUCGAGACUUCAGGACUGGUAUACAAGCCAGCACAUCAGUCAAACCAAGCACGGUUUCUGGAGCGUCUGAAAGAUGCCAAAAGAAGCAAGGGCGAGACGGAUACGGUACGCACAGUAUUUAGUACCAGUAGACGAGGACCGAAUUUGGAGGAUCGACUACGUGGAUGGGUCCAGACGGAGGAACAGCUGAAUGCAAUUCAGCAACUCAAUGAUCGGGCUGUUCAGGGCGAUUAUAACGCCGUGGUUGAGCUAGAAAAUAUUUACUCCCAGCUCGGCAGCCAGAAUGCUGGUCAGUCCGAAGGUUCGUCACAUUCGGGGUGGAUUACCCAGAACUUCCGAAACUCCUCACACUCAUGA